UGGAGAUCUCGAAAGGCGCAAAGCACAGUGAGGUGCAAAGAUUAUGUAUCUCCUUAUCACGACAACCGUGACAGCGAAGAUCGAAACGCCUCCGCACGGCAAGUGGCGAUCUCCGCAACCCUCCCAACGACCAAAGUUGGUCACCAGCAGAACUCUUCGGCUCCACUAAAACCCACCCCCUCAUCUCCCUAAAACCCUCUCCACCCCCCACUUCGCAAUCCCUUUAGAUCUCUUCUUCUUCCCUUCAGAUCCGCUUGUUGUCGUUCGAUGGAUGAACAGCAGGAGGAAGAGAUCUUCUUGGUGGUAGAAAGAGAGGCGGAGAUGGUCUCCUCGUCCGAUCCCCUGAUUCCGAUCAAGAGAGUCGCUUGGUUUCUUGAUGCCAAUCCCGUCCCCGUCGAAGAGCUCCCCCGGUAUCCCUUCGCUCCGAUGAUGCAUGUAAAUGCCUCCCCCGUUCAUCUCCGGGAGUCCAAGGUGCUGUUCAGAGGAUGGGGCAGCCCUUUGCGCAAGUGGGGGGAGUGGGUCGAUAAGCUUCGGCCCAUCUAUGGGGAUCUUUGGAACAAGUCCGGCAUCUUGGAUGCCAUUGGCGUGUCUACUUACAAGAUCAAGAAAGACUACGCGUCCGUUUUGGGGCUGGCUGGGGUUUGGUGCGGAGAGACCAACACGUUUCUCUUCCCUUGGGGGGAGGCCACUGUUACAUUAGAAGACACGAUGGUUCUAGGUGGAUUUCCGGUGCUCGGUGAGCCUGUCAGGGGUUCUUUGACCGGGGAGCUUGUGGAGAUCGAACAGAAGAUGGUGAAGGAGCAUCGGACGUUUAACCGAAGCACCAGCAAGAAAGCAGAUCAAAGUGCGUGGAUGAAACAUUACAUGGAGCGUGAGGGCGAUGAAUUGGAGCACAUUGCAUUCUUGGCUUUGUGGUUGUCGCGGUUCGUUUUUCCUGGCCCCCCUGUUAAGACCGUGAAGCAGCACUUGCUUCCUAUUGCUGUUCGUUUGGGACGAGGAAUGAGGAUUGCCCUUGCAUCUGCAGUCCUGGCUAGCUUGUACCGAGACAUGUCGGCCAUCAAGGAUUACCUUGUUGCUGAUGAUAGUAAAAAAACUGAACCUUUGGUUGUAUGGGCACCUUUCAAUUUGUUACAGCUUUGGGUGUGGGAGCAUUUCUUGACUCUGAGGCCAGAGAAGCAAAAUUUGAUUGCUAAUGGUGAGCCAAGAGCGGCACGGUGGCAUGAUGUGGGUAGAAAAUUGGACCUCUCCUUUGUUGGUUCGGCUUUGGAGUCAUCUGAAUUUCAGUGGCACCCGUAUAUGGCUAGGUUGGAGAAUUGGAGCAGGCCCUCUUUCUAUAAGGAUAUUGGUGUGUGGAUUUGUGGUGAUGCAUCCAAGGAUGAAGAGUUGCGAUCAUUUGCACAGUGCUUGAGGGCUGCUGAGCUUGUAGGAGUAGACUGUAUCGAACAGUAUUUGCCUCACCGUGUGGCAAUGCAGUUUGGAUUUGAUCAGGACUUGCCCUGCCAUGUUCCUCGUUCGAAUGCAAUGUGGGAAGCUGCAUGGGAGACUUAUGAUAUUACUUCGAAAAAUAUUGCAUUUUACGUCCCGGCACCACCUUUUAAGUCUGAUAUCACACAGCAGUACUCGAUUUGGUGGAAACAAUGCAUGCCUUAUUAUAGUAAGUUAGUGGAAAAUGAUACACAAACACAAGGUUCCUUGGAAAAUAUCAAGUGGCAGAGCAAGGUAGUGGCAGAAAAAAACAUGAAGAGAAUCCAAACUUUGACAAGCAUAAAGAAGAGAAAAUUGCAAGAGUUUUAUGAUGCCAUGAUUUCUGAUCAUCUUCUUUCCGGAAACAAUUCUGUUUCUGGUGAUGAUGACAGUGUAGAAUCACAGAACUUUCAACUGAGCGCUGCUGAGACAGAAAAGCAGCAUAUUUGUUCCAUGAAGCAAAAGGAACAUAUGGGCCUGAAACCUUCUAACAAUUGUGUAGGGAAAGAAACACACGAUCCGGUGGCUUCUCAAUCUAUCAAAUCAGAAAUAUGUGAAGCUACUAUAAGUACUUCAUUGGAGAAUGAGUACAAGGUAAUGAUGGAAGAUUUUGAUCAAAGAAAUGGUUGGGGAUCUGCUUAUGACUAUGUAGUCCUUAGGCAACCUGGAAUGAAUAUUACUUCACAAGAGGCAAAACUGAAAUUGGAACAAGCAUUGGAGAAACGCAUUAUGAUGAAAGCAGAGGAAUCAGAACUUGAAAUGCAGAUUAAAGUUCUAAAGGAAGAAAUUACUGCGAUUGAGGCCAGAGUAAUGGACUUAGAAUCUGUUGCUGAGGUGCAAUCAUAACCAAAUGCAUGCUCUACUAAAUUUUGUUCACAUUGUAUCAUGUUUGUAUAUACCAAUCUUACCAGUGCAAUAUUUUAAA